GUAGGAAGAAGCUGAAAAGACUACUGGGAGGCCGAGCGCGGCGGUGUGGGGCGCUGUACGCGUCUGGGGCUGUGCUCGAGCGCGGCGGGCAGCAGCAUGAAGAGGCGAGCAGGGGCGAGAGAGAAAAAAGAAGCCAAGAAACAAAAGCUUCUUGAAGAACUUGGAGAGAGUUGGCUUCCAUAUCUGACACCUAGAGAUGCCGAAUUCCACCAACUGUGGAAGACCGCAUAUUCCAAACUCCUCCUCAGGAAAGCUGAUAAGAUACCCCAAGAACUUCAUCACAUAGUGCAGGAAGCCUUUUUGACCUUGCAAAAACAUGAUUGUUUCUUCCAAGAUCUUGUUAGGAUCAAAGGAAAAGAUUUUCUUACACCAGUAUCUCGUAUAUUAAUUGGAAACCCAGGAUGCACUUACAAAUACUUGAACACAAGACUAUUUGCUGUUCCAUGGCCUAUGGAGGAUUAUGAAAUAAAAUAUUGCCAUCCUGAACUAUUUACAGCUUGUAAAGCUUUAAUCAAACUUAAUGACUUUUUGACUAUAGAGGCAGUCCAGGCUUUGCAAGAACAAAAUUUAUCUGGGACCAAUGAAACUGAAGGUACUGCUGUUACAGAUAGAGAACAGGAUUUUUCUAAUUUUAUUAUGGGGUCCCUCUUAGAAGAUCAAAGCAGUCUUUAUACACCAGUGAAUGACUGCACCAAUCUGAAGUAUAGAACAUCUUAUAACUUGACUUUAUUGAAUUAUAUGGAUCCUCUACAAAUGCCGUACUUGAAACAAGAGCCUUAUUUUAGAAUGGGGAAUAUGGCAGUGAGCUGGCACCAUGAUGAGAAUCUGGUUGAAAGGUCAACAGUAGCUGUGUACAGUUACAGCUGUGAAGGUUCUGAAAGUGACAAAGUUAAUGAACAGGAUGUGGAAGGGAGAGACCCAGCUGAUUGGCAUGUAGGCCUGAAGGUAGCAUGGGACAUAAAGACACCUGGACUGGCAAUACCCCUUCACCCAGGAGACUGCUAUUUUAUGCUGGAUGAUCUCAAUAUGACACAUCAGCAUUGUGUUCUGGCUGGUUUUCAGCCACGCUUCAGCUCUACCCACAGAGUGGCAGAGUGCUCAACAGGAACACUGGAAUAUAUUUUUGGACAGUGUGAAGUUGCACUUCAGAAUUUACAGGUUGAUUCUGAUUCAGCGGCUUUAUCUUUGAAAUCACUGGAAGUCCAAGUUGUAAAAGAAGUGGAAGAAAUCCAUAACGAGGUCGAAUUUGAGUGGCUUAGGCAGUUUUGGUUUCAGGGCAAACGCUAUAGGAAUUGCACUGAUUGGUGGUUUGAACCAAUGGCUAAAUUGGAAGAAUUCUGGAAAAAGAUGGAGUUUAUGUGGAUGGACACGGCUGGCGCUGGUGCUAAGAAGUCCUCCUCUCUACACCAGUGAUAGACGGGCAGACGGAUGAUUUGAAGCAACAGAAAUUUCUCAUCAAAAGGGGUCAUUCCUGCUACUGUAUGCAGGAACCACUUCCUGCUCAUCCUCUAUAGGAGCCGAUGCUGUAUGUCAAGCUCUCCUCAGGAGUCACUUUAAAGAAAAUGCCUGGAAUACAGCAAAAAUAAAAGGGCCUUUGCCAGCUGUUCUGAGCAAAGGAACCUGUUUAUAACCUGUAACUGGUCCCCUUACAGGCAUCAACAUGCAGUCCACAAAGCUCGUAAUAUAGGUACCUCCUUCCCUUCUCCAAACCAGCUGUAUGACCUUCUGUCUUUUGAUGGGACAUAAA